UCCGGUCGUCGCCAUGGUGCAGAUGAUGGAGUCUCAGUGCGAGUAUUUCAUGUAUUUCCCGGCGGUGCCCAUCACGGAUCUGUCGGACCCGGCCCGCUACCGGACGCUGCCCCGCAGGAGCCACCUGUACCUGGGAGAGACGGUGCGCUUCCUGCUGGUGCUCCGCUGCAGGGACGCUGCAGGGGCGACGCCGACCGAGCCCGGCCCCGGGGGCGCAGACGGCACUGCCGCCGGCUUUGGGACGGAGUCUGCAAGCAGCCGGGCGUGGAGGGAGCUGGCCGGCUCUCUGUGCGCCGUGGCCAGCGUCAGUCCGGGUGAAAGUAGCCGCCAUCGUGGGAACCACCACCAGCAUCACCACGACUACCAGAGCAGCGGGGACGAGGCCAAUGACGACGGCGAGGAGGACUACAUCGCCGCAGCGGAGGCGGCCAUCGCGGCGCUCGGCAGCAGGGUGGACUCCCGCUGUCGGAGCUUCAGGGACUGCAAGCCGCUGCUCAUCCACAACUCAUCUGGGACAGCGGCGAGGGAGUUCCGCAGGGCGCCUGUUCAGUCUCCUCUGGACGAGCCGGUGGUUUUGACCGAUGAAGUGAUCUUCCCCCUCACCGUGUCUCUGGACAAACUCCCGGUCAGCACCCUGAAAGUCAAGGUGAUGGUCACAGUUUGGAAGAAGGAGGCGGAGAAAGCCGAGGUGCAGGAGCUCGGCUACCUGAGCGUCCUGCAGCAACGAGAGCCGACACACACCUUCAGACACGACCUGAACACCUUCAAGGCUCAGGUGAGCACCACUCUGACCGUCCUGCCACCUCCCACCGUCCGCUGCAAACAGAUGACCGUCUCCGGGAGACACCUCGCCGUCCUCAAAGUGCUGAACGAGUCGUCUCAGGAGGAGGUGAGUGUUCGGGAAGUUCGGAUUUUACCGAACCUCAACGCCUCCUACCUUCCCAUGAUGCCAGAUGGCUCCGUGCUGCUGGUGGACAACGUGUGCCACCAGUCCGGCGAGGUUGGCAUGGCGUCCUUCUGCAGGGUGGACAGCCUGGCCUGCCGCCUUCCCAGCAUGCUCAGCGCCCUGGAGGAGCACGACUUCCUGUUCCAGUUGCACCUCAACGACAUGCCGCAAGACGACUCCAACGAGGGGCUGGAGGUUCCUCUGGUCGCCGUGCUGCAGUGGUCAACUCCCAAGAUGCCUUUCACCAACUGUAUCUACACCCACUACAGGUUGCCGAGUAUCCGUCUGGACCGUCCUCGCUUCGUCAUGACGGCGAGCUGUCCGAGCACCGUCAGGGUGAAGGAACACUUCAAGGUCAAAUACGUCCUGCUCAACAACCUGCAGGACUUCCUGGCCGUCCGGCUCGUGUGGACUCCGGAGGGUCGAGGUCAGGGCGAGGACGCGUCGCUGGCCGCCGUGGUCUGUCACACUCCUCUCAGUAACCUCGGUCACUGUCGGAAAGGCAGCACGCUGUCCUUCAGCGUGGCCUUCCAGAUCCUCAAACCGGGACUGUACGAGCUGAGUCAACACAUGAAGCUGAAGCUGCAGUUCACCGCCUCCGUGUCCAACCCGCCGCCGGACGCCCGCCCGCUCUCACGUAAGAACAGUCCGUCCAGCCCGGCGGUUCGAGACCUGCUGGACCGACACCAGGCCAGUCUGGGUCGAUCGCAGUCGUUCUCCCACCAGCAGCCGUCUCGAUCCCACAUCAUGAGGACGGGCAGCGCCAUGGAGCGGCGGGCUAUCACUCCUCCCGUUGGCUCUCCGGUCGGCCGGCCACUCUACCUGCCACCGCAGGACAAGACGCUGCUGUCGCUGGACAAGAUCGCCAAGCGGGAGUGUAAAGUGCUGGUGGUGGAUCCUGUCAGCUAGGAGGGAAGGAAACAAGGAGGCAAGGAGGAAGGAGAUGAAAGGACAAGGAAACAGCAAGGAGAAACCUCAAAGGAAGGAAAUACUUUUUGUUUACUUUGGAAAUUGAAUCAGUGGGAGGAAAAAAGGAAA